AUAAUAAUAAUAAGAAUGUUGAAGGAACGAUUUUUGAAUUGAUAGGAACGAUUUCCGAAAGACAUAGGAACGAUUAUUGAAAAGCGUAGGAACGAUUUUUGAAUAGGAACGAUUAUUGAAAGGCGUAGGAACGAUUUUUGAGUACGCGCAUUGUAAAGCCGUAUGGGCUCUUUGAUUUGUUUAUAUUUUUGCGUAACUAAAUUAUAUUUGGUAAUUCAACGUAAUAAUCGAAGAAAAUUCUGACAAGUUUUAAUUUUUAAAGCAUUAAAGCCUUGGUAAAUUAACAUUUAAUAAUGUAUUCAAAUAGAAGAAAUCAUGAAGUCAAUAUAUUAACAGAGGAAUUAAAAUAUUUUCGUGCUUGUAGUCAGGAAAACGAAUUUAAAAAAGUUUUUAUUGAUAAUGUAAUAGGAUAUGGAGUUUUCACUAUACGAGAGUUUAAAGCUGGCGAUCCUUUGUUAGAGUAUAAAGGAAAUCUUAUAACAAGAAAAGAAGCUAAAGAAUUAAGCAAAAGUUAUUCUGCAAAAAAUAAAGGAUGCUUUAUUUUUGAUGUUUACUGGAACAAUAAAAAUAUGAGCAUUGAUGCUACACAAUCAACAUGCAUGGCUAAAUUUAUUAACGACUCUCCAGAUAAAUAUGCCAAUUGUCAACCCAAGACAUGCGUUGUAAAUGGAAUACCCCAUCUUUUGUUAUAUGCAAAAAAGGAUAUUGCUAAAGACUCAGAACUUAGAUAUAACUAUGGGGACAGUUCUAAUCAACAAUGGAGAAAAUUGGCAAAGUAUCAGGAACCAUUUACUAUGAGUGAAGUUAAUGCAUAUCUACGAGGACAGCCUUUGCAGAAAAAUCGAAUUCUAACAGCAUCAAUGUUGUUUUCAUCAUUUAAUAAUAAAAAGUCUGAGUUGAAAAAGGAUUUAAAUAGUUGCAUUUUGUCAUCUAAUCAAAUGAAAAUCAAUAAUUUCAAAAAAUGUAAGGAAGAUUUACCUGAAAAAAGUAAUAAAGAUACAAUUUCAGGAGGCUUAUCACAAGCAUUUGGUUUUGAGAAGUGUACUGAGUUAGAAGAACAAUAUAAUCAAGCAUUAAAUAAGUCCUAUUUAAGUUUCAGCAAUGAAGAUAUUUUAUUACCAGAUGAAACAUUUUUAAAAAACUCAUCUCAGAUAUAUAGUUUAGAAGAAAGUGCUUGUGAAGAUAACUCUGAAAAUUUGUAUUCAAAUUCAGUUAACAGUAAAAAAGUUUCACCUCGAAUGAUAGUUGCUGCCAGAUGCUUGACAGAUAUAUCAAAAAGAAAUGAUUCUGAAACCAAUAUCUCUAUGUUCACUAGUGAAACUUCACUCACAAGCAAUGAAGACUUACCUGGAAGAAGUAAUAAAGAUGCAGUUUCAGGAAGCUUAUCACAAGUAUUUGGUUUUGAGAAGUGUACUGAGUUAGAAGAACAAUAUAAUCAAGCAUUAAAUAAGUCCUAUUUAAGUUUCAGCAAUGAAGAUAUUUUAUUACCAGAUGAAACAUUUUUAAAAAACUCAUCUCAGAUAUAUAGUUUAGAAGAAAGUGCUUGUGAAGAUAACUCUGAAAAUUUGUAUUCAAAUUCAGUUAACAGGUUAGAGUUGUUUUGA